AUGAGCUCCACGGCUGCCGACGUCCUCCCGGAGCUGCCGCCGAUCAGGACGACCACGGCGCCAGCUGCGGCGCCGGAGCCGGCAUGUUCGUCGGCGGCCUCGUCGUCGACAGCGCCGGCGCCGGACGCGGAGUCCGUGGCCUUGCCUGCGGCGGAGAAGCAGCAGCAGCAGCAGCAGGGGAGGACGCCGGCUCGGAGGCCCCGGGCAGGAGCCCACGACGCCGACGUCGGAGGGGAGCAGGCUACAGCCGCUGGCCGAGUGCCCGCCGGCGCCGAGGAAGCCGGCGUGGGCGCCUCCGCCGCCGUCGUCUACGCUCGUGAAGCGCAAGUUCCCGUCGUCCGCGGCGCCGUCGUCGCGCCGCGCCUUCUUCCCCGUCGCGCGCGACCUCACCUCCGUGUUCCGGGCCCUGCCGCCCAAGAAGCGGAUCCGGGCGGGCUGACGGCCGGGCGCGGGCCCGAUCCGCGCCGCCGAGGCUCAGGUGGCCGCCAAUUGGGUUCUAAGCUACCUGGCGUACGGUGGUCGCCGCGGCUCAGGUGA